CAGUUCCUUAAAAUCUGCUGAGUUCAGGCUGGGACUUUUGUCUGUACCGAGAUGCUCCUCCCACCCCUCUCACUACCAGCUCCUGCUCUUCCUUUGGCUCUGCUUCAGGGAGGCCCUUCCUGCCCCUCCGUCCAAGGCAGUGCCCUUCGGAACUUAGCCUUAAAAAUGAAUCCCGUUGUUUCACAGCCAGGAUAUGGGACCGGGGGUGUGAUGCAUAGUGACUGGCAAUCUGGCGUAUUUGACUGCUGUGAUGACCUGGGGAUUUGCCUCUGUGGGACCUUCUUUCCCCUAUGCCUUUCCUGUCAGAUCGCCUCUGACAUGAACGAAUGCUGUCUGUGCGGAGCGAGUGUCGCCAUGAGGACCUUGUAUCGGACGCGAUAUGGCAUCCCGGGAUCUAUUUGCAGUGAUUUCCUAUGGCUGGGAUGUUUCCCUCAUUGCACCCUUUGCCAACUCAAGCGAGAUAUUGAGAAAAGAAAAGCAAUGAAUGCUUUCUAAAAAGGGCUUACAACUUGGUCAUAUUCACAAUGUGGUGAAAGAAAUGCUGGAAUAACACACUGCACCUGCUGUGCUAUCUCACCCCAAAUCUUAGAAACUAAUUCAACUAAUCAUAUGGCUUCCAAUGGCUUCAAGACCUUUUUAAUUUCCAGUUUAUUCCAAAAGAAGUAUAUUUCCCAUGCUGUUCUCUAAAAUGACUGCUAUUAAAAAAUGAACAUCCUCCACA